CGCCACAUUCAACAAGCUAAAAUGGCGACAGCUACGAAGAGAAGAAAAGUUUCGGCGGGUACGAAAAUGACGAAGUCAUUGGCAGUUGCAAAGUCGGAAGAUCAUGUCACAGGCGCAAUCGUGAGAGUGAAAAUGCAAAAUUUCAUGAUUUAUGAUGAUUGUGUAUUCAAACCGGGACCUUACUUAAAUGUCUUAAUUGGACCGAAUGGAACUGGAAAAUCCACCAUAGUAUGUGCAAUUUGUUUGGGAUUAGGUGGAAAAACUGGUCUGCUUGGAAGAUCCAAAGAGGUUGGUGAAUUUGUAAAGUAUGGUCGCAGUCAAGCUUUACUAGAAGUAGAACUGAGCAACCCAGCAGGUAAUACAGUGAUCAGAAGGGAGAUAGUCAGACAAGGUAAUGCAUCUACAUGGUAUGUGAACAAAGUUAGAACAACAUACAGGGAGGUAGAAGAGACAGUUGCCAAUCACAACAUACAGCUAGCCAAUCUUUGUCAGUUCCUUCCACAGGACAAAGUGGUGGAGUUUGCCAAGAUGAGUAAACAAGAAUUAUUGGAAAGUACUGAAAAAUCUGUUGGACAACCAGAACUGCAUGACUACCAUCAGACCCUGAAGGAUUGUCGGAGGAAAGAAAAAGAAUUGAUACUAGGUCACAAAGAAGAAUCAGAGAUAUUGGAGAAACUACGUCAGAAAAACAUUCGACUCGAAGCCGAUGUGCAGAGAUUUGAAGAUCGACAGAGACAUGAGGAAAGAAUUGAAUCAUUAGAGAAAAAGAGGCCAUGGGUGGAAUAUGACCUUUCUCGCCAGAGAUACAUAGAUUUAAAGAAAAAGAAGGAGGAAUUGGGUAAAGAAUUCAAUGAAGCUAAGAAAAAGAAUGCUCCGAUGCAGAAAAAGCUACUCGCAAUUAAUACUAAGAUUGCAACUCUGGAUAAACAACUCAAAGAGAAGUCACAGGAAAUAGCAGGGUUGGCAAAGCAAGCAAACCACAAGCAUGAUGCCCUUAAAAAACUAACAGAUGACCUGCUACAAGUACAGGAAGACUUGAAUGAAAAGAAAGAAGAAGAAGCUAAGAAAAUAAAAAAGAUCAAUGAUUGGAAAAAACAGCUUGAAGCUUGGCAAAGGGAACUUACUGAGAUUGGUGAUGAUGACAAUGUUAGACCUGAAUUGGAAAACAUUAAUGCUCAACAUCGUGACAUCAAUAUGAAGAUGCGUAGAAUUGACACUGAAAUGAAUAUUCUUGCCAAAGACAGAUCAGAUUUCAAAAAAGCUAUUAAAUCCCACAAAGAUGAAAUCCAGAAGUUGAACGACUUGAAAGAUCAGCGAAUGAGGGCGUUACAGAAGAGACAUCGCGAUACGUACAAUGCUGUUCAGUGGUUACGAGCCAAUAAAGACAGAUUUAAGGCGACAAUUCAUGAACCUAUGAUUCUCACUAUCGACAUGCAUAAUAGAGAGUAUGCCAAGUAUGUUGAGACGCAUGUACCUGAUAACGACUUAAGGGCAUUUGUAUGUGAAAAUGCAGAAGAUCAGGAUGCUUUUAUGAGAGAGAUACGCGACACUCAACACCUGAGGGUUAAUGCUGUGAAAUCCCCAAUGCAAGAUCUGGAAUCAUUUAGACCACAGCAACCGAUAGAACAGCUGAGGCGAUGGGGUUUCACUACUUACUUGAAAGAUUUGUUUGAAGCACCUGAGGCUGUGAUGGCUUACCUGUGUAAACAGCAUAGAGUACAUGAAGUACCGAUAGGCACUCCUUACACACAAGAGCAUAUAGCUGAUGUUAUUGCAUCGUCUGGCCUGAGACGUUUCUACACAGCUGAUUAUAUGUACAUUAUUCGUCAAAGCCGAUAUGGAAAUAAAGCCACGUCUAGUAGUAGUAGUCGUAUCAAUAACGCCCAACUGUUAUAUGUUAGCAUUGAUCCAACCCAGAAAAGAGAACUAGAACAACAACUGAGAGAAGCUGAAACCAGGCUUCAUGAUGGAGAAGAGAGAUACAAAGAGUUAGCCAAGAUGAGACAAGAACUUGCUGAGCAAGAUAACUCACUGCGAGAGAAAAAGAAGCAGUUGCAAAACAGGAGAAAUAGAAGGCAGACUGUGCUUCAAAAUAUACAGGCAAAAAAAGACAGCAUAGCCAGGAAUGAACGCGAGGCGCUCAAUAUUGAACAUGAAGAGAUGAAAACAAAUCAAAAGAUUCAGAAAAUAAAUGAAAGGAAAGUAGUUCUGGUGAUUGAUCUCAAAGACCUUAUACAGAAAUGCAUGUCAAGUAACAAAGACAAAGUUAAGAUGUCAAUGUCAUUGUCAUUGGCCAUCAGUGGAAGAACAACGUUUGAAGAACAAAUACGAGAAAGUUCACAACACUUACAAACUAUUGAGAUGGAAUAUAAUCGAGUCUCGGAACAAAGAAAAGCAACAGUGCAAGAGGCUAAACGGUUAAUGGAUGUUGCUAAGCGGGCAACAGGUACUGCUCAUGAUGAGGAAUUGUCUCCUGCGCUUCGAGAGGCAUUCAGUCAGUUUCCUAGUACAUUACAAGAAAUAGAUAACAUGAUACACCAUGAGAGAACUACAGCAGCAAGUAUGUAUGAAACGGAUCCUAGGAUUGUGGAGGAAUACAGACAGAGAAAACAAGAAAUCACCAAUCUGGCAGCACAGGUUGAGAAAAAGAAAGUUAUGUUGGAAAAACAUCAGCAAGAGAUAGCAGACAUAAAAGUAAAAUGGCUGACUCCAUUGCAGGAGUUGAUAUCUCGUAUCAGUGAUAGAUUUGCUUAUUUCUUCAAAUGUAUGGGUUGUGCUGGUGAAGUGGAUCUUUAUAAAGGAGAAAAUGAGGACGACUUUGAUAAAUAUGGUAUUCGUAUUCGUGUAAAGUUUCGUAAGAAUGAGAGUCUGAGAGAACUGACGUCAUAUUAUCAGAGCGGUGGAGAGAGAAGCGUUUCUACUAUACUAUACAUGAUGGCCUUACAAGAACUCAAUAGAUGUCCAUUUCGUGUUGUGGAUGAGAUAAAUCAGGGUAUGGAUCAUAAUAAUGAACGUAAAGUGUUUGAAUUGGUCGUACAGACUGCUUGUAGAGAUAGCACAUCCCAAUACUUUCUUGUCACCCCUAAGUUAUUGCCAAAUCUAAGCUAUGGACCUAAAAUGACAGUUCUGUGUGUCUAUAAUGGUCACUGGAUGAUGCCACACACCAAAUGGGAUAUCAGAGCUUUCUGUCGAAGACGGCGUCGA